AGAGGUCAAAAAAAAGUUCACGUUUUACAUUUACAAAACGAUAAAAAUACGUUAAGUAUUACGAUGGUGAUACAGUGCGACCAGUUGCUUCAUUGUAAUUAAUCCGUUCGUUUAUUACGAUUAGAAUGCGUUUUUACGGCGUCUAUACGGUUUCGUAAGUGUCGUCAUCGCUUUCGUCAUGGGGAUGGGCUGGGCAGAAGAGUCACGUGCGCUCAUGACACACGCGCACACACACAGUAGUGGUACUGACACAGCAGCUUCUGUAGCGUGUUCUUCGAGGUCUUCUUUGCUUUCUCUCUCCUCUUUCUUGACACUGAUGUGACUGGCCAACAAUGUUGCGCUCAAUUUUGAAGGACUCUGCAACUAAAGAUGAUAAAAGAUUCGUUCUCGUACACUUUCCAUCUGAUAAUACUACCUCUAUUGUUAAAAUUGGAUGUGUCAUUCCAAUAGAAGAUUCUGUAGUAAUUGGGGCUCAGUGCCGAGUAAAAGAAAGGAGAAAGGUAUAUGAAGGAAAAAUUUUAGGAAUUGGAGAUGACAUGAAUGAGCUUGUAGCUAUAGAAAAUGCUUUCCUUGAGAGUGAUUCAGAAGAAGAUAAUGAGGAACUUGGUGAGGUGAAUGGAAAUGAAGAUGCUGGCAACAGUAAAGUACAGGAGAAGAAAGAUGCUGGCAGUGGUAUAGUACAUGAGAAGGAAGAUGCUGGCAAUGGUAAAGUACAGGUGAAGGAAGAUGCUGGCAACAGUAAAGUACAGGUGAAGGAAGAUGCUGGCAACAGUAAAGUACAGGAGAAGGAAGAUGCUGUCAAAGAGAAGUCGAAGAAAAGGAAGGCUCAGAAUCAUUCUAACCAGGGCAACAAGAAACAGAAAGUUGAUAAAAAUAAAGAAACAAAGCAGAAAAAUGAAAAGCCAAAGGGAUCAAUUAUUGUUAUUGACUAUAAUGAACCUGAGAAUGAUGCUUCUACUGCUACUUCUACCUUAGCUAUAAAUGAAAGUGGAUCAGAAGAUUGUAUAACUGAAGGUGACAAGGCAAAAACAGAUACUGAUCAUAAAGACAAUGAUUCAGUUUUCUUGGAGCUUAACAUUCAACUUGAUCUAUUUGAGACUAGGCUCAAUGCAAUGGAGCAAUCUCUCAGUGAUAUUGUUCAAAGAGUAUCUCAAUUAGAGAAUGGUAAAGGUCCUCCUCAUACACAGUCACCAAUUCUUGUUGAUCGGCGAAAUUCUUUACCACAACAGUAUAGUACACCUUAUUAUUCAUCUCAGCAUGUAAAGCAACACAACUACCAGUACCAGCACAUGCAGGCCUCUUACCUACCAAAGCAGCAAGAUACUUCUGACUUUUUUGCACUUUCUGAUGAAGAAGAAGAUGACCCUCCCCCCCUCCCUGAGCCUGUCCAACCAGCUUCUAAUGCUUACUCAAUGCCUCCCUAUCCAAUUUUACCUUACCAACCAGCUCAAUAUUUGCAACCAAAACAGCUGGUACAUGCCUAUGAAGAAGAUUCCGUAUCACCGAAUAGUCAAGUUUCGAAAUGUUUUCCGAUUCUAGGGAAGACAAAGAAGGGCCAACAAGUUAGCCUUUCAAGCAUGGAAAUAAAUAAAGAAAACCUUUGUUGCCAUGACAUUGUAAUAAAAAAGAAUAUUCAUUUGCAUAAGGAGGCUCAUGUAGGGAAACUGGCUGUCAAGCUAGCUAAGGAAUGUUUUUUUGGGGAAGACAUAUUAAAGAAGUGCACAGUGAUGGGAUGCCGAAAUAUACCUGCUCUGCCAUUGAAGGAAUUAAAUGACUUAAAGCAAGUGAUUUUUAAACUGUUUCCAAGUUUUUGGCAAAAUCCUGCUGGAUUUGAAACUGAAAUUUGGUCUCAAUGUGUCAAUUCCAUUGGGCAACUUUGUAAAAGGCUAAGAAGUUCUUGAGAGUUGUUUAUUGCAAAGAUAAUUA